AUACCAUUACAUUUGCUUUCAAUCGCAGAUAUCGCAGAUAAAAGACAUUAUUGUCCAAAGAAAAAGUCAAUAAUGAUGAUUAACGCAAUUUGUAAUAAUAAGUUCGCUCGUGGGAUUUUCAGCAACUUUGGCUCAAUAGAAAACCGAUGUUCCCCAACGUUGUCUCGAGUCGCGAUCUGUUUUCAUCAAACCCAUGCCGUGAGCUAUGGGACAGUCAGAUGUUUAGCCAGGCAGGCACGGGAUCACAAAGUUCACAGCAAAGUUCAUCGGAGCUCUUUUCCCAGCCUCGCAUCUCACAGUCAAAGACAUCCACUCAUGACAACACGUCUGUACCAGCUUAUAACUCUGUACAGGGCGAGGAAUCAAGUGAAAAGUAUUAUUUAAAGUACAUUUCAAAACCUCCACUUUUUCCUGGUCAAAGCAAGAAUGAACGAACCAAGGCGGAAGAUUUCAGGGAAUUCAUGGAAACACAGCAAAAGAUUACCUUUGAACGUGAGCAGAGAGAUACAUUUGAAGGAUUGAUAGCUCUAUUAAAGGAUUGCACAAGCGAGGUUACGGAUGCAAUGUCCUAUUUUAAAGAAACUCUCAGUAAAAACAUGACAGAAAAUCUGGACCAAGUUACUUCUGCUGCUGAUAAGUCAGUGAAAGUUAUCAUGCAAUUGAAAGCUGACUUUGCUGAGAAUUUCAACACGCUGAAAAGAAAUGUCAGAGAAGAUCAAGCAGUUCAAGAAACCAUUUCUAAGCUUGAGAAGCAAGUUGCCAUUAAAGAGGAGACCAUCAAACACUUGACUUUCCAACUGGAAGAGCUCCAUGCAAAAGAGCAAAGAGCUCUAGAACGUGAGGAAAGCUACUUCAAGAGAGAAAAAGAAAUGCUUGAACAACUGAAAACCGCUGAAAGUACGUCUACGCCACGCAAGCUAAACGACAUUAAAGAGCUUACCCGGCAGCUCGAAGAAUCCAGGAAGAGAGAAAGUAUGGCUUUAGAGAGAGAACAGAAAUAUGUCGAGAGGGAAAAUCAACUCUCAGCAAGUCUCAAAGCUUUGGAGAACAAACAGCAUAACCUGCCAAAUAACGCUAUCGCAGAAAAACACUUUCACGCGCAUUUGCCAGUAAACGCUAGCACAACUCAUGGAGGAAAGAUGCUGACUUAUGGGCCAACGAUGCCGCUGGUGCACUAUCAACAGCCACGUGAUCAGUCACGUGAUCAACAUAACGCCACUCACGUGACUCAACGCCAGGAUGCUAUACCGCCGCAUUGUGAAUCUGAUUGCUUUAGUGCGCGUGCGCUGACCGUAAGCAGCCAUCAAGUGAAUUCAACGUCACAUCCGACCGCAGCUAUAGCUCCUGUGCAAACCAUGCCAAUGACCCAGAGCUUGGCACUUCCCACCGAGCAACCCUCAAACGCAAAUAGUCAUGCUACUGCGAGCUUCGUUACCAAUAAGGUUUCAGCUUCUGUGCUACCUGUGUCAACGGCAUCGCAAAGAUUACAAGAGAACCAUAAUCAAUCAAACCUGAUUUCUCCUGGAAACCUGUCGGCGUCCCGUGCUUCAUUGCAUGAGUACCCUAAGAGAUCACCUGUUGCAACAGUUCUGCCUUUGACCCAAGUUAAAAUUGAAAACAAUCGAAAAGAUUGUAUAUUCUCCAAGAAAGGGGACGACCCAUUGGGGAUAUUCGUGUUCGAUUUGACCGUCCCCUCCCCUGAGAAAUGUAACAACAGCGAGAUGAGUGCCGAAAUGCAGAGUUCCGAAACACAUGUAUCCCCCGAUAAAGUACCAGUCGUUAGGGCGUAUGCCACCCGAUCUGCUCACAACAAGGACACAGAGGCGCACCCCAACACCGGGAUCGUUAAGCGUGCAUCCCCCAGCACCCAAGUUCAACAACCUAUCAAGCGUAGAGUGUCGAAUAGAGGUAACGAGGACAAGAAAGCUGAAAAGCGCACCCGUAUCGAGGAAGACACACAAACCGCAGAACCGGAAGCGAUUGUGAAGAACCAACCAUUUCGACGCAAAGGCUUUGAGGCCCAGAGAACUCUCAACAUACCAUUCGAACGCCUGGACGAGGAUGUCAACAUAAACCAAAUAACUGACAGCAUUCGCAAGCAUGCCAUGAAGAGGAAGCAGAAAGUUGUCCAAAGAAAACCCUACAGAUGAAGAUAAAACCUUUUUUAUCUUC